UCCGGGGAGCUGGUGUCAGUGGCACAUGCUCUUUCUCUCCCAGCCGAAUCUUACAGCAACGAUGUGAGUGGAUCAGGACAUAAGAUCCAAAGGAUUUUAGUUGAGGAAGAAAUUCCUAAGAACCAAGACAGUAGAGGAAGACUUCACUGAGGAAGUGAAUCUCAAACUGGAUCCUCAGAGUGUUGGUGGACAAAGGACGCGGAUUGGCAUUGAGGAAAAGGGCGUGGCCUAAGGCAUGGAGCCUGAUAUUGAGAUGGCUUGGGCCAUGAGAGCAAUGCAGCAUGCUGAAGUCUACUACAAGCUGAUUUCAUCAGUUGACCCACAGCUCCUGAAACUCACCAAAGUGGAUGACCAAAUCUAUUCUGAGUUUCGGGAAAAUUUUGAGAAACUCAGGAUAGAUGUAUUGGACCCAGAAGAGCUCAAAUCAGAAUCAGCUAAAGAGAAGUGGAGACCAUUCUGCUUGAAGUUUGACGGGAUUGUAGAAGACUUCAACUAUGGUACUUUGCUGAGACUGGAUUGUUCUCAGGGCUACACUGAGGAAAACACUAUCUUUGCUCCCAGGAUACAAUUUUUUGCCAUUGAAAUUGCUCGAAACCGGGAAGGCUGUAACAAAGCAGUUUAUACCAGUGUUAAGGACAAAGAAGAGAAGGGAGCCAAUAAUGGAGGAGAGAAAGGAGCUGACAGUGGAGGAGAAACAGAGAAAGAAGCCAACAAAGAAAUCAACAAAAGUGGGGAAACAGCUAUGUAAGGUAGACAGGGAACAACAUACUAGAAGCCGUGACUCAACUGAGCCUACAAGUACCAUGAUGCUACUUGCAAAGACCCCAUGUGGUUAAGUGUAUGUCCUUGUGCAAUUGAAGGACAUCUUUCUAGCCUCAUAAUCAGGAGUUGCUCUGGUUGUUCUCUUGCAUGAACUAGCUUGAAGACUAUUAAUGGUGUCUUAGUUAAUUAUUUCCUGGUAUAUAGUUUCUUGGUUCUCACCACCAGUUGAGUAAGAGAUUUUGUAAAUAAAUUUCUCGUGGUUCUUAUGGCUAGAUAUCUGUGAUUGACUUUGAAAAAGUAUUUAAAAUUAUUUGACGCUUUACUUUUUUUUUCAGGUAUAUAAUCUUUUCACCAUGUCUUAUAUAAAAUGAUUUAUGCCUGUUUCUUAAUGCUUCUCACUGUUUCCUGUAGUGAAUUUCCCUCAAACCUGUUAAGUUGUACAUGGUUUAAGAGUUGACUCUUGCCAUUUGAGUGACUAUAGCUUUCUGAUUUUCUGUGAUAUAUCUGGCAAAAGAUUUGAUAAAUGCUCUGUGGGGAUAAUAGCAGCAGCCUGAACCUGUCAGACUAGUGAACACAGCCCAGUUUACAUUAGAGGAGCCGGAGACUGGACCUGCUUCAGUACCUGCAUCUCUUCUGGUAGCCAAGCUAGCAGGAAUUAAUAAUUAAAUAUAAAGCCUGGUAGGCUGGCUUCCCUUUUAUAAUGCUAUGAACAAUAGCAUACAUUUAUACAUUAACAGAAAAUGAACAUAUUUUUAAAUGAUAUUUUGUCAUACCCCAAAAAUAGGCCAGUUGAUUUUAUAUGGUUGAGGGGGAGUUCCUUUUCGUCUAAUGACUUUUAAGAGUGCAUGUUUCAGUUAUCUUCACAUAUCUAUAAAAGUUUGUGCAUGUCCCCUUGAUUGCUAAAACUAGUUAGAAGAAGUCACAGUAUUGAUAGUGCAUACAGUAAGUACUCUUAAAUGUCUAACUACAGUAGGAUCAUGCAAGAAAGAAUUUAGCAGAGCAGAGAAGGAGGGGGAAAUGAGGCUUUUUUUCCCCAGUGGACAUAGGAGAAAAAUAAAAAUGAAACUUAAUUGAUGAGUUGUCUCCUAGGCAAGCGCUGAACUAGAGAUGCACACAGCUAGCAGCAACAAUUGUGCACAAAAGACAGUAGGUUUCUCUGAAUUCUCCUUUGCCAGUUCUUAAAAAUAUUUAAAAUAUUUGUAAGAGUUUUCAUUUUAUAAAAAUGUAUGUUUAAAGGGAUAAGAGAGUGUUAAAUACUUCAUACUAGGCAGACUUUUUAAAAUUAAGAACUUCCUUUACUGUAUUAAUUUUCUCUAGUUCACACAUUCUUAAAUAUCUGCAAACAUGUCCAUACACAUUGCUAGAGGGACUGGGGAAGAAGAAAGAUUGCUGGCCACGUGCAGUUGUGCUUGUGGUGGCCUUUUCCAGGUUUCUCAGCAAGAAAACUGACUUAAGACUUCUCUCUGAUUUUACAGAGAAUAAGAAACAUACCUUUGAAAGUCAGACUGCUUUAAAGCAAGAGGCAUCUGUCCAAGGACUGGGGGAUAAAAACAGAAAAGGGAGGGGAAUAAUAACACAGAUGCACUGUAAGGCCAGGAAUCCAUGGCAUCAUCCAAGGUUAAAGGGGAAAGAAUGGGCAGAAUUCUUAAGACGGCCCCGAGAUUCCCACUCCUAGCAUACAUGCUCUGUAUAAUUCUCUCAUGUUAGUGUGGUAAAGACUUGUGAAUAUGAGGGGAUUUCAUUCCUGUGUUUAAGUUACUAACCAUUUGAUUUUGAGUUAAUCAAAAAGGAGAUUAUCCUGAGUGGGUCUGGCCUAAUCAGGUGAAUCCUUAAACGAGGCAAGAAGCAGCAGCAGAUGUUUUCCUGAUGGCUUUGAAGAAGUAAACAUCCAUGUUGAGAGAGAAGGGGGCCAUGUGGCAAAGACCUGAGGGUGGCCUGUGGGAGCUGAGAGUACUCCCAGGCUGACAGCCAGCAAGAAAAUGGAGAUUUCGCUCCUGCAAUUAGAAGGAACUGAAUUUUGCCAAUAACCAGUGAGCUUGCAAGAGGCCUCAAGCCUCAGAUAAGAUUGCAGUCCUGGCUAAUACUGUGAUUUUAGCCUUGUGAGACCGUGAGCAGAGGACCCGGUUAAGCCAUAUUUGGACUCCUGACCCAGAGGACUGAGAUAAUAAUGGGUGUUGUCUUAAGCCACUAAAUAUGUGGUAAUUUGUUACAGAGCAGUAGAAAACUGCUACAGACUUUGGUACUGGAAGUGGAAUGCUGCUGUAACAAGUACCUAAAAUGUGGGAGUGGCUUUGGAAUCAGGCAGUGAGUGGAGACUGGAAGGACUUUGAGGAGCAUGAUAGAGAAAGCCUAAAUUGCCUUGAACAAACUGUCAGUGGAAAUAUGGACUUUAAGGAUGCCGCUCCUGAGGGCUCAAAAGGAAGUAAGGAACAUGUUAUUGGGAACUGGAAGGUGGGGGUGAUCCUAUUGAUAGGUGGUAACAUUGUAGUUAGUUAGAGGCCAGGAAGUUUGAGAUUUGGGCCCUUGCUCUGAAUUAUUUGGGGGAUGAUAUCAGGCCAGGCUCCAAAAGUGGAGACAUUCACUGCACUGUCAUGAUUUAUUUUGAAACUAUAGUUUAAACAAGGAUAUAUUGUACCAGAUGAUUGGAGACAUGAAUUGCACCUAAAAUGGGCUUCAGUGAUUCUAAACCAUUUUGAACUUACUCUUCGAAGGAGCUUGUUAGCUGGGUCUGUGUGUGUCAGGUGUCAUUCAUAUAACGGAGAGUUCUCUAUAUGUACAAUGCUUAUUAAUGAAUAUGUGCUCAUUUGAAGCUUACAUAUAUAUUAAUAAAACUUAACAGUAACUUUAUCAAUUGACUAGACCUUAGACCAUGAAAAGGUUUUUCUGGAGAGGUAUAUUUUAUCACUGACAUUGUUUAAAAUUGCCGCAGCAUGGUGAUAAUUAAAGCAGACCAGGUGUUUUUUGGUUCCAUUACUGUUUUUGGGUUUUCUACAGAUAAUACAACAUUUUUUGCUUGCACUCAGUAUGGGCGAUUCUCACUACCCCACAUUGGUACACCACAGUUGCUCUCAUAUAUUCUUUAUUCAGAUAGUCAAUAUCUUAAGUGAUCAUUCAGAAUUAAGGCAUGAAUGUAUGUUAUAUGAAUGGUCAUUUCUCCAUGCCUACAUGUUUUUAUCUCUAGAAUUAUGGAAACAUUAUAAAUAUCUACAUGUU